UUUUAACGAUAUUCCCCCACAUGAGCCUCCAUUGCAAGCUUGUUCCAGUCCAAUGCCGAGAACACGAAUAUAGCCCAUUCUUAGCACCCAACUUGUUCCUAUUUACGCGUGAAUAUAGCGCAGUUUUUGCUUAAAGUAACAAAACUUUUGAAAUAGCGAAAAGUGCUCGUCAAAGAAAGCUUUUCCAGAGAGUAACACUGAUGUAUGUCGUUUCACAGAAUUCCGCUGUACAUAGAAUUGUUAAUUCAGCAAGUCACUUAUUUCUCUGCGUCGUCAGUUUUUCUUUUGAUUAACUUUCUGUACGUAGAAUAAAAGUGAAAUAUACCCUAGCACUUGAAGCUUCUUGAGUAGGCUCUAUCUUAUAGUUAGUAGCUCUAAUUUUUAAUCGGUAAAAUGGUCGAUCUAAGAGAUGGAAAUAUUUCUCAAAAUCCACCAAUGUUAAAACCUGUAUAGCUUAGAAAUGGCAGUUAUUUGUUCUUGAUAAUCAAGUCAAUACACCAUGUCUUUUUUUAACAGAUUAUGUUUGAAGACUACAAGUUCGAGGGUGUUUCCAUUGGAAUUCAACCCAUUUUAACUCUGUAUGCUCGAGGAUUAUUGACGGGUGUGGUCAUAGACUGUGGUGAUGGAUCGACUCAUAUCUCUCCCGUGUGUGAGGGAUUAUUGCUUCCUGAUCUCACGAAAAGAUUAGACAUUGGAGGUCGGGAUAUCACCAAUUACCUAAGAGAGCUUUUUAUGUGCAGGGGAUGCAAAAUUGGCUUUGAAGAUGCUAGAAUGAUAAAAGAAAAGCUUUGUUAUGUAGGAUACAACAUGGAGCAAGAGGAAAAUCUGGCCUCAGAGACAACAUGUCUUAUGGAAGAGUACAAAGUAAGUACCAUAAACCAUUAGGUGAUUUGUCCCUCUCAGUGAUCUUAACCUGUGUUCAAGAGAGGAUCAAAUC